AUGUCUUCUGGAUUUUCUGGUCAGUUUUGUGAAAUUAAUAUAAAUGAAUGCUCUUCAUCACCAUGUCUACAUGGUGCAGACUGUGAAGAUCACAUCAAUGCAUAUGUUUGCAAAUGCCAACCAGGAUGGUCUGGACACCACUGUGAGAAGGAGCUUGAGUGCAUUCCCAACUCAUGUGUUCAUGAACUCUGCAUGGAGAAUGAACCUGGCUCGACAUGUUUAUGCACACCUGGAUUUAUGACCUGCUCCAUUGGGCUUCUUUGUGGUGAUGACAUAAGGAGAAUUACCUGUUUAACUCCCAUCUUUCAAAGAACAGAUCCCAUUUCCACACAGACAUAUACAGUUCCCCCUUCUGAGACUUUGGUCAGCAGCUUUCCAUCUAUAAAGGCUACUAGAAUACCAGCCAUAAUGGACACUUACCCAGUUGAUCAAGGUCCAAAACAGACAGGCAUUAUCAAGCAUGACAUUCUCCCAACCACUGGUUUGGCAACGUUAAGAAUUAGCACACCCUUGGAAAACUACUUACUCGAAGAACUGAUUGUCACUAGAGAGCUUUCAGCAAAACACAGUCUUCUUUCUUCCGCAGAUGUUUCCUCUUCUCAAUUCCUGAAUUUUGGUAUUCAUGACCCAGCACAAAUUGUCCAGGACAAAACAUCGGUAUCACAUAUGCCUAUUCGAACUUCAGCAGCCACACUAGGUUUCUUUUUUCCUGAUAGGAGAGCAAGGACCCCAUUUAUCAUGUCUUCCUUAAUGUCAGAUUUUAUUUUUCCUACACAAUCUUUAUUAUUUGAGAACUAUCAGACUGUUGCUUCAUCUGCUACCCCAACGACUUCAGUAAUUAGAAGCAUUCCAGGGGCUGAUAUUGAGCUAAACAGGCAGUCAUUACUCUCCCGUGGAUUCCUGCUUACAGCUGCCUCCAUAAGUGCAACUCCAGUUGUCUCUAGGGGGGCUCAAGAGGAUAUUGAAGAAUAUUCAGCUGAUUCUUUAAUUUCAAGAAGAGAGCACUGGAGAUUGCUCAGCCCCUCGAUGUCUCCCAUUUUUCCUGCUAAGAUAAUUAUAUCUAAACAGGUAACCAUCUUAAACUCAUCAGCUCUGCACCGGUUCGGUACAAAAGCCUUCAAUCCCAGUGAAUAUCAGGCUAUUACUGAAGCUUCAAGCAACCAGAGACUCACAAACAUCGAAUCACAGGCUGCUGAUUCUUUAAGAGAAUUAAGCCAAACAUGUGCAACAUGUUCUAUGACUGAAAUAAAAUCCUCUCGUGAAUUCUCAGAUCAAAUUUUGCAUAGCAAACAGUUCCACUUUUAUGAGACAUUCUGGAUGAACUCAGCGAUAUUAGCCAGCUGGUAUGCACUAAUGGGAGCUCAAACUAUCACUUCUGGGCAUUCACUUUCUUCUGCUACUGAAAUAACACCAUCAGUGGCAUUCACAGAAGUGCCAUCUUUAUUUCCUUCUAAAAAGAGUGCAAAAAGAACAAUUUUAUCCUCAUCCUUGGAAGAAUCCAUUACCCUAUCAAGUAAUUUGGAUGUUAAUUUAUGUUUGGAUAAGACUUGUUUAUCCAUUGUCCCUUCACAAACUAUCUCUUCAGACUUGAUGAAUUCUGAUUUGACUUCAAAAAUGACUACUGAUGAACUGUCAGUAUCAGAAAACAUUUUAAAACUAUUGAAAAUAAGACAAUAUGGCAUAACUAUGGGCCCCACUGAGGUACUAAAUCAAGAGAGCUUAUUGGACAUGGAAAAAAUAAAGGAUCUCAUACACUGUUCAAACUUCACCCAAGUGAUAGUUCUCUGGAUUUUGAGUUAAACUUACAGAUUUAUCCGGAUGUUACUUUAAAGACAUAUUCAGAAAUUACACAUGCAAAUGACGUCAAAAAUAAUCUGCCACCAUUGACAGGCUCAGUGCCUGAUUUUUCAGAAGUCACCACCAAUGUUGCAUUUUAUACAGUUUCAGCAACUCCAGCACUUUCAAUACAGACGUCUUCCUCCAUGUCUGUAAUUAGGCCAGAUUGGCCAUAUUUUACGGAUUAUAUGACCUCUCUUAAAAAAGAGGUCAAGACUUCUUCAGAAUGGUCCAAAUGGGAACUUCAGCCUAGUGUGCAAUAUCAGGAAUUUCCCACUGCAAGCCGGCAUCUUCCCUUCACUAGAUCUCUUACUUUGUCUUCACUGGAAUCCAUUCUGGCACCUCAACGGCUGAUGAUUUCUGGUGAGUUUCUCAGUUUCUGUUCAGUAAACUUUUAGAAAUGAGUUUCUUUUCUACAGAGAAGAAAGAGCCUGUCAUGGUCACCGGGUGCUCUAAACAGCCUCAUUGUAAUCAGGGCAGCAGCCAGUUCAAUGGAGAAGGCACCUGCUGUUGUACCUGACACAGAUGGUUAUUCUUUAUGCACUGCCACAAAGGCUACCAGAUCAAUACAGUAGUAGGUUGGAGACAGCUAUACUGCUGGCAAGCAAUCAGAAACUGAACUAGUUCAAUUCAUUAUGACAGAUCUCUCAAAGUUUAGAAAUAACUUUCAUUAUUCUCAUUUCUUGAAAUAGCUUCUUUGUCAGGUUGAACACAAUAUAACAUACUCUUUCUAACGGUAUCUUCAGUGGUAGCAUUUUUUUUAAUAUGGGAAAGAGGAAAUCACUGGAACUUUCUUGAGAUUUCCUAUCCUCUAUGGCAUGGUAUAUCAUUUUUAAAUUUAAAGUUUUUUGUUUCAUUUUAUAUAAUUCAGAAUAUAAGUUAAUUUCAUGUAUUUUAUUUAACAAAAGCACUAUGCAAAAAUUGAAGGAGAUAAUAUCUGUGAAUUUGAAUUCAGAGCCUUGAUAUAUUAAUGACAAGCCAGUUUUCUCAGAUAACAGUUCUUACUUUAAAGCAUAUUUUAAAUCACUAAUCUCCCCUUGUAAUUGCUAUCAAAUUGGUAAGGAUGUAAAAAAGGAAAAAGGUUAAAGAAUUGUGUUUACCAGAAAGAGAAGAUUUUUCAUUAUUUUAAGAAGUUCUAUCUUGUGGAAUUUUCAAGUGUUACUUUGUGGCAGUGAAAUUAAUUUUCCUUUGACAAUAAAGUUAUAGUGGUUUGUGUCUGUGU